AUGUUCAUUGAUCCCGGCCCCAAUCCGGAGUAUUUCAGCAGCUGGGGGGACUUCGGUAGCCCUACCGGAACAACCACUCGCCCCUACUCUCCACCCCUUACUCAACUGCCAUCGUCCUAUGAUGGUUUCGACGCUCCAUUCAGCGCCAUCAUGAGCCUCAGCACAAGCGGCAGUGGCAAGCAGCCGCGAACCUUGGCGCCCAACCUGACGCGCCGCUCCCACAAGAAGUCUCGUGCUGGCUGCUACACCUGCAAAGGUCGCAAGAUAAAAUGCGGCGAGCAGAAGCCGAAAUGCAUGAAUUGCCUGACCAAGGGCCUCGACUGUAUAUAUCCCGCCGUUACUGACACAGCUCCGACCAACAGCACAUCAACAAGCAAGGGCAGAAGCAGACAUGAUGGCGGCAGCACGGCCUCUUCCGCGACGCUGUUCAGGCGCUCCCAUUCCGCAUCACCAGCCACCAAUCCCUCAAAUCAUACCUUCAACAUGCUCGACAUGCGCUUCUUCCACCAUUUCCUCACAAACGCAUAUCCACAUUUGCCACUUGGAAACGACCACGUCUGGGUGAACGAGAUACCGCAAUUUGCGGAAGCGCAUCCUUACCUCAUGCACGCCAUCCUGUCCCUCGGCGCAUCGCAUCUCUCCCGACUCACAGGCACAGACUAUCGCAAGGAGUCGCUCACGCAUCGUGGUCUCGCCAUCUCGGGCCUGAAUGCGGCUUUGUCUCAACCUUCCACGACUACACCAUCUAGCACUUCAGGCACAACGGUGCCGGACGUAGAGGUCAAUCUCAACACCAACCCUCCCGCAGCUGUCGCAAACCCACAAGCAUACGGCUCGCCCGAUGCAAUGCUCGCCACGUGCUAUGCCCUGACGUUCCAAGCGUCGUACAUGGGCGGGGCUGAUGGCCUAGCCGACUUCAUUACCAUGGUCCGCGGCUGUGCGCUCACCACUGCGAAGAUAAAGUCCGAUGACAUGCCGACGGCUUUCAACCUACAGCCCAAUUGGCACUUCAAGGUCAUGGCGCCGCGGCUUGCGAGCCUGCCGAGGGUUGAUAGUGGCCUGUGUGAAGAUGGAAUUCGAGGGCUAGAGCUGAUACUGGGAGAAGUUCUGUUGGUCGACAGGGAGCAUGAGGAUGGCGCUGGUGUCGAAAGGCGAGAUAUUGAAAAUUGGGAGGUCGGAGAGGUGGAGGCGAACUUUUGUCAGAGUCUGAUAGAGGUGCUGGAGGCGCUGGUGGUGAGUCCGCAGGGUGGGUAUUUAGGCUUCGCGGGCUUGUAUGCUGUGUGGUACGAACUCCCACCACAACAAUUCAGCACCUUUCUCUCGCCACGGAACCUUCCCUCCCAACUGCUCCUUUCGUACUUUGUGGCUCUGCAGAUGCUCAUGGUACCUCUCGCGGUGUACGAGUGGCCCGAACGGGCGGAGAGCGCCAAGUCACGGGUACUGACAGGGACGGUAGAGUGGGCAGAGGGUAUUUUCGAGCGACUGGCGGAAGACGACAGGCAACGGAAGUCGAAAAAGUCGGCCAGGCGGAAGCCGCGACACCGAGAAGUGGACGAAGAGGAGGAAGGAGUUGACCUGACCUGGGAUAGAUACCUGAAGUGGCCUAAGCGGAUCAUGGGAAUAGUGACGAGGGAGAUCCGAGGCGACCUUGACGCCGUGGAAGAGAGAAGGGCCCUGCAGAGGAGUGCGAUGGGCCUGGUCGUGAAGGAUGAGGAUAGAGGCGUCAAUGUGUUGAAGUUGGGAUUACCAAUCAGCCCGGCAACAUCAGAAGCGGACGGAGAUGCAGAAGACUCUACAGGUUGGUUCGAACAGCAGACACAAGAGGAAAUGUCGAUGAUGGCGACUAUCAACCUGCCGCUCGAUCACAGUGUCGAGGCCUCCGAUGCGAUGUAUGGCUAUUGGGACGAUGGGGCCGGGGACUACGAUGAUGUGAUUGCUGAUCCGGGCAUGAUGACGAGCAUUGGAAUGGAUAACAUGUCGGCGGCGACAGUAACGCAUUCGAUGGUGAUUCCGAGCAUCAUGGAGCCGAUCGACUUGGAUGUUGAUAUGAUCUGA